AUGUCGACCGGCGUGCCGCUGUCUGAGCCGCCCAAGGGAGACGCCACGAUCCUGCCGCACGAAAAGGUGUUUCCCAUCCAGAUCGGGUCGCAGCUCUUUCGUCUCUCUGGCGCCUCCAUCGCCUCGGAUGCACCGUCGUACUUUUCGCGCUUCUUCGAGGAGCAGCUGCAAAACAGCCAGGAUGGCAAUGUGAGGACGCUCUACAUCGACCGCGACCCAGAGACCUUCCAUGAGAUCGUCCGCCAUCUCCAAGGAUACUAUGUGCGCCCAAAGGACGGGGCUCACUUUGUCAAGCUCUUCGCCGACGCGCAGUUCUACAGCCUGCCCCGUCUGAUAGCCCAGCUGUUCGAGUGCGAGAUCUUCAUCCAGAUCGGUGACCGUCACUUCCAGAUCCCCCGAGACAUCUUCUCCAGCCCGGGAGACUCGCCCAACUUCUUCUCCCUUGGCUUUGCUGUCUUCUUCGCCUCGCCUGCCGCCGUCUUCCCGGGACUCGAGCGCGAAGGUCUCCUGCGCCCGCCCUCCAUCACCCCGCCCAUCGUCAGCAGCCGGUCUGGAGACGUCUUUGCUGAGCUGCUGCACUUGUUGCGUGGCUACCCAGUACACAUUCGGGACGAGGAGCACCGGGCCUGUCUGCUGCGGGACUGUCGGUACUACCAUCUGCGAGGCCUCGAGCAAAAGUUGAUCCCGCAUGACAUCAGCUACAACCUGGAGAGACGCCGGUCUGAGAUCACCGUCCGCCUCGAGGAUGUCCGCCCGUCUGGAAUCACCUUCGUCCACGACGGAGAUAGAAGCAGCAACACCACCGCCGCCGCCAACAAUAAUAAUACCACAGGGGGAUGGGUGCACUAUGCCCGCCCGUUUGUAGACGAAGACCAUUGCGAGCUGAUCAUCGAGAUUGGCGGCGGCAACACCCUCGUCGACCUGGCCACCAUGCGAGCUGAACUGCACGGCCUAGCCAAGGCCCGCGUCACCAGUCUCUGCCAGGUCGUCGCCAACAAGAUGAACCUGCCGACCAACGCUCCCCUGGGCUUGAUGAUGAUGUCUGGAAAUAACAGCAGCGGCAACCCUACGAACAACAAUAACACUGCUUUGACUACGGACAAGAUCAAAAUACACAUCGACUCAAGUACAGACAUCACCCUUGACGGUGAGCCUUUCAGCCCUAAUCAUAGCCAUGAUGCCAACGCCAACGCCAACAUCCCCAAUAACAAUAACAACUCCAACUCCAAUAAUCACAACAGCAAUAGCUUCCAACCCGCUGAAGCACCGGCUGGCUACACCCCUAUAGAAGGCAACAUCUCCCCACUGACGCCCUCCGCCCUGUACUCUCGCCUCCAAACGCCCUCUGUCGCCGCCGUCCAGCCGAACCAGCAGCUCCCGCGCAAGCGUCGCAGGGUCGACGGCAGCGAGAGGAGCCGCCAGUGGGUGGUCGACCGUGGCCAGUGGCGACUGCGAGUCCAUCCCACCACCACGAAUACCAGCACCAAUGCCGGGCCCGGCACUAGUAUCGGCACGGGCCAGAUGGAGGCCGUCUUCGUCGCUGUCAAGCUCGAGGCGCACUCCAGCCAGCGUGCCCGCAACGUCCGCCGGCCCUUCGUUUCCUGA